AUGGUGAAGGUCUAUUUUCUUGUGGCUCUUCUCUUUGUGGCUGUAGCGGCCAUCAUGGCAGCACCCGUGGAGGAGGAGUACGAGCUCCUCGAACAAGCUGGUAUCGAGGAACGUGCCGAUAGACAAAGAAGAGUGACCUGCGACCUUCUCUCCAUCAAAGGAGUCGCAGAACAUAGUGCUUGCGCUGCCAACUGUCUCAGCAUGGGCAAAGCUGGAGGUCGCUGCGAGAACGGAGUCUGCCUUUGUCGCAAGACCAACUUCAAGGAUCUCUGGGACAAACGUUUCGGUUAA